CGGGCCGGGCGGUGCCGGCUGAGGUCCCGUUCCGUUCCGUUCUGUUCCGUUUCGCUCCGUUCCGUUCCGCUCGGCUCGGCUCGGCUCGGCUCGGCGCGGCGCCCCGGCGAUGGCGCAGGCGGCGCUGGGCGCGGCGGGGCUGCACUUUGACGAGCUGAACAAGCUGCGGGUGCUGGAGCCCGAGGUGGCGGCGCAGACGGCGCAGCUCCGCGAGCAGUGCCGGGCCUUCGUGGACAAAACAGCAGAAUUUCAGAACAUAGUGGGCAGCUUGAUUGAGCUCGUUGACCAACUGGCCAAAGCUGUGGAAAGCGAGAAGAUGAAGGCCAUCGGGGCACGGAACCUGCUGAAAUCCAUUGCAAAGCAGAGAGAGGCUCAGGAGCAGCAGCUCCAGGCUUUGAUAGCUGAGAAGAAGAUGCAGCUGGAAAGGUACCGGAUCGAGUACGAGACUCUCUGCAAAAUCGAAGCGGACCAGAACGAAUUCAUCGACCAGUUCAUCUUCCAGAAGUAGAGGAUUUUGAGAUAAAAACCAGCUCACGUGGAUACUUGACCAUUCCAGAACCUUGAGAAUUUCAGAAAUAUGCAAUUUCCACUGUGCAGGAGUGCAGAUGGUUUGGACAAUGGAGGGGCUGUGCCUCGCUUUGAGUGUACCAUGGCAAUAAGGGCUGACAGCUGCACAGACUGUUCUGGCCUUUGAUUUUAUACCAGUUUUGUACAGUCACUAGUUCUAAUUCAAAUUACAGUUGAAUUAAUGCUACUGGUGCUUUGUUGUGUCGCUUUUUGAACUCUACAGCUCUUUCAUAGAAAUCACAAAAUAAAUUAUUAUUCUCAGACUGUCUGGCUGUACCA